UGUGAAUGGACUGAGAUGGAGCGAAGGGCGGUGGCCGGCCUGCCUGCCUGCCGGGGAGCGAAUAAUCAAAGGCUUUGGGGAGGGAGGCUUGGAUGGGCGGUGCGGGGUUCCGUAUUUACACUGGGCCGCUCCGCCCUACGCACUGAUAGAAAACUGUCUGCGGGCCGGAGGGAUGGAACAAGUGGAAGGAGAUGUUGCCGACAGGCACACAUUAAUUACUCCGCCACACGCUCAGCAGCAGCUCGUCCGGCUCCGCUCCUUCCUCAUUGCGCUGUAGCAGCAGCAGCAUCCUCCUCUCUGCAGAAAGGAUCAUCCGGGCAGCUGCUUCGGAGCUUCAUGGCCGCAGCCCUGACGAUGAGCGGCGCGCAGGAGGACCCGUUCUACCCGCUGCAGAAAGCUGCCUUCUCCCUGGACGACUCGGCGCUGUUCGGCUUGGACUGCAAGAUCUCCGACUCGGACAAGGCAGGACAGAAUGACUACACACAGGUGAAGUGUGAAAUGGAGCGGUAUCUCUCACCUCCUGCCUUUCCGCCUCAAGCAGAGAGCCAGCAGAAGUCACACAGAGACACCACAUCUGUGGUGGACCAGUUCUUUGGUGGAGAUCAUUCUGGGGCUCCCUACACGCUGAACAUGAACUUUUACCUCCCCGACGUGGCCUACCUGAGGAUGGGCUCUUGCGAGCAAGCGCGGCCCCCUCCGUCCCAGAACUGCGCUGGCCUUGGCCAAAUUAAAACUGAAACUGCCUCUUCGUGUUUCGCCCCCAACCUACAGUCUCACUGCCCCAACAGUACGCCCACGAGCAGCUGCAGCACAUCUGGGCAUGACCCCGGCAACGUUGCCUUGGAAACCUCAGCCAUAAACAUGACGCUGACAGGGUUACCAGACUUCACUAGUGUUUUUACCCAGUCAGGAGGAGAGGUGUUCAUCAAACAGGAAAUGCCGUCGCAGUUCGAGCAGCACAGCAUCCACCCCGACAACAGCGGCUCGCUCUUUCAGCUCCUGAGCACUGGCUUGGAGCAUCACCACAACGAUGGCAUGGAGGCCCAGCAGCAGAUGCAGCACAACUCCACUGCUCAUUCACCUUUUCAUGAUUUGUCAGUAGCUGCAGCUUCUUCCCAGCAAGACCAGAGCACCAAAGCGGGCUACCACACCCUUUCUGCCGGGGUCUACGCGCAUCCCCAUGCUCAGGUGCACUCACAUUUCUUGCAGCAGCAGGUGCCCUACUUGCCGCCCUCCCCGCCCAGCUCAGAGCCAGGCAGCCCAGACAGGCAGAAGGAGCUGCUCCACACCCUUUCCCCCCCUCCAUCGUACGCUGCCACCAUCGCCUCCAAGCUGGCAGGGACCACACCAGGUCUCAACCCUGUCCCAGGACCAUCCGGCUUCGCCCUGCCAAACAACGGGGCCCCUACACCGGUCCAUGGUCCGGCGACUCAGACCACAACCCAGAACUCCACAACUGUCCGCUACAACCGGAGGAACAACCCAGACUUGGAGAAACGCCGGAUCCACCACUGUGAUUACCCAGGCUGCAAGAAGGUCUACACCAAGUCGUCCCAUCUGAAAGCCCACCUCAGGACUCACACGGGUGAGAAGCCGUACAGGUGCACAUGGGACAGCUGCGACUGGCGCUUCGCCCGUUCGGACGAGCUCACCCGCCACUACCGGAAACACACGGGCGCCAAACCCUUCCAGUGCACCGUCUGUUCUCGCUCCUUUUCCAGAUCCGACCACCUCGCCCUGCACAUGAAGAGACACCAGAACUAGCGACGGUUUGCACACAUGCAGGAGUCGUACUGUCUUCAUCUUGAAACUCACAUAAAGCACUCACCUCGUCUCCAACAGCUACAGUGUUAAACGACUGCGUGAUGCCAAGAAGCAUCAUUCGCUAUAUCAAUACAGCGGUUUAGGAAGAAGGUGGUGGACUAUUUUGUUGCUCACCACCCUCACAGUGAAUUUCUCUGGACAAAAAAAAAAACUAAACAGGAAAAUCCACAACCUAAAAAAAAAUGGUAGCUCCUUCGUGUUUCCAGUCCAUUUGGAUUUGGUGUGACUGGAAUGAAAUGCAUAAAAAAAAAAAAAAAAACAUGGUUUGUCUUUGUUGUAAUACAGAACUCCUUAAUUCAAACCUCUUCUUUGUUUACUUGUUGGUAGCUUUGUCUAAAUAGCUGGAAUAUCCAGAUUUGAAUUUUUAACCAAAUCUUUCGGUUUGCACUAGAACUGAUCAUACAUCUCAUGCACCACCAAAACGAUCAUUUUCACAACUGGACACGCCACGCCAGUCAUCGCUGUCCGGACAUUAAAAAUUCAAAGCAUUUAUUCUCCUGAGACAAACGAAGA